AAAUUGUAUAAUGGUGUAAAUGGUAGUUGUGUCGAUGUGUUGCCUGCUAACUAAUUCGUGUUGUCGAGUGCACAUGCAACUAUUAAUAAAUCCAUUAGGCGACCAAUUGACCAGGAAAACCGAAUUAUUUUUUUAAAAUUUUGUCCUGUUUCCAUAUUUGUUAAGUACGGUGACUGCUGUAUUCCAGUAAUUUAUAUCAUUCCGACAUAAAUCGUUGACGUGUAAUGUCAGUAUGAGGUGUAAAAUUAAUAAUUGUGUAAAAGUAUUGAUUUUUUUCAUAAUAUCAAUAUUACAAUGUGAAGCUUUUGAUACUACAGAGAAUCCAGUGAUAACGCUAGAAUACGGGAAGGAUAUAAACAACAUAAAUACGUACUACGUUGAACAAAAUAAAAGUUUACAAAUAAUAUUUAAAAACAGCCACGCUGGUCAUGUAAGGUGUUAUGAUGUUCAAUCAAAAUAUGGAAUUACGUUUAUAGAAAAGGGAUUUCUAUAUUACGAUAAGGACAGUGUCAUUAACAUUACAAGUGUAACUCCUGACAUGAGCACAAGAUGGGCAUGUAGAGCUCUACAGAAAUAUCAUGGAGGUGCAAGGGAUGUGUAUAAGUCGGUAGAGCACACAGCUGUCCAAUAUUAUUUUCAUCUCCAUGUGAAAGGAGCUCGAUCUGUAAGUGUAUCAAUAAACGGAGACUCCCUGAAUUUCACUAAAAUGGGUUUAAAUGUGCAACACGAUGGCGAGGCCUUCUUUUCCUUCAUUGAACAUCAAAAUAUUGAACUCGUAUGCGCCAGUGUCGACAAACAAUUUGAAGUGUCGUUGGAAUAUUUUAACCAAAAUGGAGAAAAGAUAUUCGAAAUACCACCAAAAGGUGACACGAGUCUAUUGUUCCGAACCAGACUAACUUCGAAACAAGACAAGUUUUAUAUAGACUGUAUUUGUCACACAAACAAUAAAUAUCUAGAAUACCGAUACAGAACUUACUUUUAUAAACAAGAAUUGAACCACAACCCAGAUAAACAAGACAACACAUUGAUAGUAACAGUGAACGGAUUGUUGGAACGCUACGUAAGAAGGACUGGUUCAUAUUUUGACUAUCCGAUAUUCAAAUAUGUAGACGGAGAAAUGAUCAUCGUCACUUGCGAAGCUAAACGACCGUAUUCAAGUAUUCCAUUACAGUUUUAUUUUGACAGAGAGCAAGUAACUUUGUACAAUAGAAUCAAAGUUAAGAAAAUUGAUGACAAAAUAGUUGGUACUAUAAAUUCAUCUGCUGUUUUCCUGAACAAGAAAACUCUUUCAUGUGGCUUUAAUAGUAGAAGUGAGAAGGAAGAAUAUGCCAGGAUAACAUUCGAGUCUGAUGUUGCAGUUGGUACGGUACGGGUGUUCGGUCUGGCCAGACCAAAUAUUCUGUACCAGUACCGUAGCGGUGACGUGUGGACCACCGUCUACCAAUACUCGGUAAACGAAACUAUAAGCUUGGGGUGUGUUCUGAAUAUCCUGCCCUCUGGAAACUAUAAAUUUAAAUGGAAUUUUAAUGGAGAAGAGUCAUCUAGAAAUGGUUAUAGAGUAAAGGGCAUGAUGAAAUAUGCAGAUGAAAAUUUUAUAAAAACUUUAACUGAACACGAUGAUAAAAAAAUUAUCAAAUGCAUUGUUUAUGAAAACUACAAAAUAUUGAAUUUUGCUGAAAUACGAUUACAACUGAAAGAGAUAUCAAACUCGGAGAACUUUGAGGAUCAAAUUAAUCCACAUACGUCCAAUAACCUAAUCAUCAUAUUUGCAUGUAUUCCUGGUCUUGUAUUAACGAUCACUGUUGUGGGCAUAGUCUACUGGCGUAAAAGAAUUCAAAGACCAAAAACUACUAGUAAUACUGAGGCACCUUGCAAUCGUGUUAAAGAAGACAAUGAAAUGACUCCAAUACCUGAAUCGAUGUACGACUCAUGUUACAGUGAAAAUUCCACUAUACAACCAAAUAAUGACGUUCCGAAAAGUCCAGACUGUUCUGACCCCAAUCACCAUCACUACGAGGAAGUAAAUUAUUUGCAAUGCAAGCCAAAACCAAGUGAACCUCAACAGCGAUCGAGCAAAAUUUAUAAUGUAGCUUAUGAUCAUGUUAGAAGAUGUCGCAGUGGGAAAUAGUUUCGUAAUUAGUAAACUACGUUUAAAAACCGACUUUGACCACCAUUUUUAUAUACUUUAUACCUGCGCCUGAGUGUUGAAAUACAUUUCUGAAAACCACAUCAAAAUUGGUUAAGCCAAUCUCGAGAUAAUGGUGACAAAAGUCGAUUAAGAAUCUGAUGUAUUUCUCGAAUUUAAGAUUUUAUAAUUCUAUUAUCUGUGACUGACUUAUUGUUUUAUGAUUCAAGAAUUGAUUUUUACUAGAAAAUCAUUGGUGGAAACGGAGUU